AUGUUCAAGAUCCUACCUUGGCUUCUCCCACCACUCUUUCAGCUUGCAAGACUGAUAAACCACACCUUCUUCCUAAUUGCGAGUGGCAGGAAGAUCGAGAAUCUUAUCCUAAACACAAACCUUACUUCAAAGUAUACGGACGAAUUUAUUCUAAUCGACACAUCAAACACUUUCAAUAAGCAGAACAACAGUCAUUAUCCAUCGUCAUUCAUAACUCGGUUGCCCGUAGGCCUUCUCGGCCGCCGACGCCAGGGUAUCUUCAUUUCUAAUAUACAAAAAAAACUUUUCGACGUGCCCCUAAUCAUCCCCAAAGUACCUCCCAUCCACCAUCUCAACGCCCGAUCAUGGUAA